AUGCAGCGGAAACAAAACUCAAGCGAUGAAGCAAACCCAGCACCAACUACGAUGACCACUACACCUACGACAACAACUGCUACAACGACAGCGACAACAACAACAGCAACAGCACCGAACAUCAAUUACGUCUGCGUAGCGGAUUUGCAAUACAUCAACAUAGAAGGGAUAGAAAAGGAAAAGAGUCUAAUCCAAAAAGUUGCCGGCAUGCUUUUCGAAGAAAGUCCAAACUCGACUGCCGGGAUUUGGUCUUACGGAUCCGUAAUACGAACAAAGGAUUUCGCAAAAGUAUUCGAUAACAUGCGUGAUACUUAUGCCGAAUUUAAAGCUGAUCUUACCGUUGCGAUGCUGAGAGGGCUUCAACAUAAUGACUUGGGUGAAAACUUAUCAGUCAUAAACACUGCGGUCGACUCGAAAGGAAGAGCGAAUAGAUUGCUUUUUAUGUGUGGGGCAGAUACCAUUGGGGAAAACUGGAUCAUCAGUCCGAGUUAUAAUUACACGAAAAUUGUGGUCGUCAGUUUGCAAGGCGCAGACUUUACGGGACAUGUAGACGAUCGAGGAUUAAUCAUCAAUGUUCCUCUCGAUGACUACAAAGAUGAGGAUGUCCAAAAAAUAGUUGAAGCAUUGCUUUCAUAAAUUUUACCCGAGCUUAACUUUGUACAUGAAGAGGAGACACCGUUAACACGACUGAGAAUACAACAAAUCCAUCGAAUUCACUGUUAAUCUUGUUGUAUGAAAAACCAAGAUUCGCAUGAUUUCGAAGGAUAAGCUUCACAGGAUUUUCUGAUAUUGCAUGGUGAAUCCAUCGAUUAGAUUUGCGAAAGAGUAAAAUUCGAUUCACACCACUUCUUAUAUCGAGCUAACAAUGUAUUUUAUCUAUCAUGGAAGACAAAAUUUAAC